UCAAGUUACGUUUCUCCGCGUUUUCUCCACCCGUAACUUGACCGUCACCGCUUUUGCCAUGGACAUUUGAAAUUCACACAAAUGCUCGCCCUCUGUUGUCGAUAUCUCGCUUGGUUUGCCUGGGUUUAUACUGAUGCGUGAAUAUUUCCGAAAUUUGAAACACAUCGAAAAGAGUGAGGUUAGAUUUCCAUUCAGAUAAUUGCGUAAUAGACUUAAUUUGCGAACAGAUUAUUACGAUGCCGCGUGAAUUAGCCCCUCACAAUGCCGCGUGUAAUGAUAUAUUCGCAGAGUUUCAAGAAUGUCAAGCAGAGCACUCGGUCGGCAAAUUUUUCGGCUACUGCACAACCCUUCACAACGCUCUGAGGAAGUGCUUGAAAUCUCAGAGGCGCAUCAAGCAGGCUGAAAAUUUGAAACAAUCCAAAGUAUUGCACGCCAGGAUUCAAGCAAGGUUACGCGAACAGGAAGACGAAAUAUAAUGAAUCAUGAACUGCCCACUGAUAGCCCGGAACCUGAAGUUAAAAGGAGAAAGGUGUCCGAAAUGAAUAAAGCUCAAUCAUUAGAACAUGCAGUGAGAGAAACUGAGGAAAAACGAUCAAUUCCUAUUGAAGAUUCAGAAGCGAUAGAGAAUAGAAAAGAGUUACAUAUUUUGAACAGUUUUAAGCCGACACCUGCAUUUCCCAAUGUUACGGAACGUUACUUGACCCCAUAUUAUUAUGUGAAUGAAGAAUCACCAGGUGACGAUACUUGUAUUUGGGUUCACAGUAAUCGUAUUUGUUUGAUUAGUUUAGCACCAAGUCAUGAUAUUAUUAAAAUGCAGAAAAAUAUUAAGUGUAUCAAUUUCAAAGUCACUGAAAAGUUGGAUCGGGCAUCGAAUAAGGUAUCAGGUAAAAGUAAACAUGGUGCACAGCCCCUGCAACCUUCUUCUACCAUUUGUUCAAUAGAGUGUGAGCAUGGUGGAAAUUAUUCUGUCAAAUGUAACAUGACUGGAAAAUUAAUGGAGAUCAAUGACGCACUGCUGAAAAAACCAGAGCUCUUGUUUGAGCCACCACACAGAGGAGGGUAUCUUGCAAUUGCUUUACCCAAUAUUAAUCGAUUUGAAAUAUUAACAACAGAAUUACUAUCCCAAGAAAGGUACAAUGCCAAGAUGGCCAUAAGACAAACAGCUACGUGAUGAAAGAAUGAAACUUCUUGUACAUAAAUCUAUUUCCUCUCCUUCAAAUUGCACAAUGUUAGGUAAUCUUCAAAACUCAAAUUUCAAAAAACAAAUUGAAUACAUCAGGAAAUUUGUAAAAUUCAUGCGCAGCUGUUAUAUCUAGAGUUCAAUGACUUACUGAUCCGAAAAAAUUUCUUUAAAAAUUUAGUUCUUAGUAAUAUGGCAGAUUGCCUCCGUUCAUCAAUUCAAUUUCUUUCAUGUCAUCUGAAUGGGUUUUAAGCAAUAAUUUGUGUAGCUGUGUUCUCUAUCUUAUGAAUUAUCAAUACACAUACACUCAUUUAUUCAUUGUUGAACAUUAUUGCGACGGAAGCAGUAAUUUUACCUCUCAUUCAAGGAUCAACGUUCAGCAACCAAUAAGUGACCUUGUAGACUUGUAUAGAUGGUUGGCACUUGAGUAUUACUUAUUAGGAACAUUCUGAUUUAUAAUUUUCUAUUAAUACGAUUUAUCAUGUUGAAUAAUAAUAGGCAAGAGUCAAUUUCCUUUAUUAUCUGUUUUCAAUCACAAGAUCCACACGUUCAUACAAUCCAUACAAUAAACUAAUUCUUCUAUAAUAAAUAGAUCGGAAUAUUUCCAUGUA